AUGGUGAUAAUAGAACCUUUUCCGGUUAAAGUGGGACUAUAUCAGGGAUCUGCUCUAUGCCCUUUUAUUCUUACUGUCAUAAUGGAAGAGACUUCUAAAUCUAUUUGGGAGACGGUACCGUGGUGCAUGAUUUUCGCGGACGACAUUGUGCUGGUAGCAAAAACUAGAGAGGAGGUCAGUAACAAAUUGGAUGAGUGGAGGGAAGCUUUAGAAGGCAAAGGAUUGCGCAUUAGCCGUACGAAGACCGAGUAUUUGCGCUGUGACUUUAGCGGCACAUCACCGUGGUUUUACCUUUCAUAUGCCUCUAUGUUAUCUUUCACAUGUAAUCACGCCCCGUUACCUUCCUCGAUCCGAGGGACUCCAUUGGUCACGCUCGCCUUUAUGGGCAUGAGUUUCCGCCGUCUUUCCCUCCCUAGACCUUAG